AUGGACGCCAAGCCCCAAGCCCCCAGCUCCAGCUCGCAGCCAGCGCCCAAGGCCAAGCCCGCGCCACUGUCGCCCUCGCACCACGACGCGGCGGCGGCGCCCAAGUCGCCCCUGCGCUCGCCCAACAGCCUGAUCAAGAGCCCCAGCGCCUUCGAGCAGAAGCCGCUGCUCAUGCCCAAGCCAAUGUCUAUUUAA